UCAGAGACCGAUUCUCGGAGCGUGUUAAUGGGGGUUCGAGAAGGAAAGCAUGGUCUUUUGGGAGAUGGGUCAGUGAGGUGAGGAACGAGGAUUGCUUUUCGGUUUUUUUCUUGUCGGUCCCUUUUUUUUUUUUUUUCUUUCCCCGCUCCUUCAUGUAGCAAAAUAUUUUGGCGGGAAAACAAGCUCGUGCCGUGCACUGAGAGAGAGAGAGGGAGAGGGAGAGGGAGAGAGGAAGGGAGAGAGAGAGAUGGAGUCUUCUCAGACGCCGAAGGUCGUGGCGGAAGCGGAGGAGCUGCCGAAGGCGAUAGUGCGGCGGGUGGUGAAAGAGAAGCUGAGCCACUGCUCCGACACCGGCGAUAUUUCCCUCCACAAGGACGCCCUCCUCGCCUUCUCCGAGAGCGCCCGCAUCUUCAUCCACUACCUCUCCGCUACAGCGAAUGACAUAUGCAAGGAAUCUAGACGGCAGACUAUCAAUGCUGAUGAUGUGUUGAAAGCUCUUGAGGAGAUCGAAUUCCCCGAGUUCAUCAAACCGCUUAAGUCGUCACUCGAAGAGUUCAGAAGGAAAAAUGCUGGAAAGAAGGCAGAAGCAUCGAAGGCAAAAGAACAGAAAAAGAGGAAGACCGAUGGAGAAUCUUCACAACCGAAGGAAAGCAGUAAAAAGAAGAAAGAUGGAGGGAACAACGAGACCGAAGAAGCAAAUGGGAAUGCCAGUGGCCGUGACGACUGAAGGAGGAAAUGCAACUUUUCGGUUUCUGUGUUGCUUUUAUCAAACAUUAGGAUCCGAAGUUCGUGGAUGUCUUAUGAAGCAUCAGACUAGAUUUACUUGGUCGAACAUGGGUUGGUAUUUAAGAUGAUAGCUUCAUUUCUGGCAUUGAGCCGUUCUAUAGGUUCUAUUUCUAUUUAUAGUCAUCCAAAAUGAGGUUUAGACUUACUCUUAGUUAGGGAUGCCUGUGUAGCUGAUGCUCUUACUUACGUAAGUACGCCUUUUUUCUCUACGACGUCUGAAGUUACGUUCAGAAGAAAUUAUACGAAUGAUCUAUUUGAUGUAUCCCUUUCCCAUGUAGAAACAUGAUUCAUGUGUAAUCAAAGGGUAGUUUUGUGGUGUUA